AUGGGUACAGGCAUCGUCGCGGUCCUGUUUCAUACCUUCUCGGAGCUCUACCCUAAUUACCAUCGCUCGUUGAGAGCGCUGAGCAUCGCCUUCUUCAUACUCAACGUCAUCAUAUUCUUCACCAUGCUCAUGACAUCAGUCCUCAGAUACACACUGUAUCCCGCCAUAUGGAUUCUGAUGCUUCGUCAUCCAGUACAGUCGCUGUUUCUUGGCACAAUACCUAUGGGAUUUGCUACCAUCGUCAACAUGUUCGCCGUUGUUUGCGUACCAAAAUGGGCUGGCUUGACACCAUACGUCUUGUGGGGCAUGUGGUGGCUCGACGUCGCACUCAGCGUUGCUUGUUGCCUCUGGCUACCUUUCCAGAUGAUGACCAAACAUCAUAACCGCCAUGAGACGAUGACAGCAGCCUGGCUUCUGCCGAUCGUGGCCUGUAUCGUUGCAGCAGCUUCUGGCAGCGUUGUCGCCUCGGUCUUGCCUGACCCGAAUCACGCCCUUAUCACCAUAGUCACCAGCUAUGUCCUUUGGGGCAUGGGUCUACCUCUGGCACUCGUGAUAAUGGUUAUAUACUUCCAUCGUCUUGCCAUUCAUAACCUUCCAUCUCAGGAGGUUAUCGUCAGCGUCUUCUUGCCUCUCGGCCCUAUGGGCCAGGGCGGAUACGCAAUUUUGAAACUCGGCAUUCAAGCUUCGAAGACCUUCCCAGAUACAAAAGCCUUGCACCCAGUAGCUGGGGAGGUCCUCUACGUACUAGGCUGGAUGACCGCUAUCACACUCUGGGGCUUCGGUCUGGUAUGGUUGUUCUUCGCUGUCGCGUCGAUCAGUCGAAACAAGUUCCCUUUUAACAUGGGUUGGUGGGGUUUCACCUUUCCUAUUGGCGUCUUUACAAUGUCUACCAUUACCAUAGGAAAAGAACUUCCUUCCGCUUUCUUUAGCAUUAUAGGAACGAUACUUGGAAUUAGUGUCGUUGUGCUCUGGCUGCUUGUCGCUGUUGGCACUAUGAAGAACAUUGUAUACGCGAACAUGUUCGAAGCGCCUUGCUUGCGCGACAUAGAGAAGAAAGCAUGUGUAGCUUCUCAUGGGAUGCAACAUCAGGACGCGUAG